AUGUCUUCCGCUCCUUUGACUAUUAUUACAAGUGUGACGAACGGAGUUGCGAGUGAUCUUCUCGGUUUGAAGGAGUCAAGCGAAUACGAAGAACUGUCGUGUAUCAUUUUCCCAAUGAUUCCUCGAUUCAAACCUAGUGACUCGAUGGCUCUGAGCAGGCUACCAGCCAUAGUUGGUCGCAGCAGACCAUUAUUCGCGAAACAGGCCUUAGACUACACUAGUGCAAACAAGUUUGAUGAUAACACAAAGUUGGACGAGUAUAUGAAUGCAAUGAUGAAGACGCUUAGUGCCAAAUGGGAUGAAGAUCGAGUGGGAGCGUAUUUUCACGUGGGUCAAUGGGUUUCACGCUUUGCCGACGCUAGAGGAUCGCCAAUUUCAUAUUGCCACGCUAUUGUCCGGGCUCAAGUAUACGCCCGCGUGGUUACUAAUAGUGGCGACAAUAGUCCCGAGCGCUUGCAAGAACUUGUGGCUGGGGCAAUUGUUGCAGCCAGUCGACACAAUGGCUUCGCUGGACGGAAAGACGCCAAGUUUGGUAUCUUUUUAUCCGCUUUGAUGUAUGAGUUUGGUUCGAAAGCAGAGCGCCACACACGCCAGCGCUUCUCUGAGGUGUUGGAGAAAACGUUAUCGCAAAUACAUCUGUCUGUGCCUAAUUGUUUGCCGCUGGAUAUGGAGCUCCCGCAGUUUCUUAAGAACGCGCAGCUUAAGUUUGGAACAUUGAAGCGAGUUCAGACAGAUUAUUCAGGUCUUGUUUUUGUGGACGUCAAGAUUUCUGUUGAGCUCGCAUCGAAUCAACCGGAAGAAGAAAUCGAUUUUGUGAACACUAUCCGACGGACUCCACGAGACAGCAUCGUUCAUAUUAUCAUUCUAGGCUUGCUGGAACAAAGCUACUUCGACGACGUUGAUGCCUUAGCGGAAGAGGAUGCAGCUUCACGUGUGAUCAUCUUUAUUGGUAGCACUCAAGAGAUAAAAAUCAUUCAUGCACGUGGGGAUGGAGAUACUGGUUGUGGUGUGAGUGCAACCAAACUGAUUAUAUUUCUUGAGCUACCAGACUUCUCCCAGCUAUACGUAGCUACUUGA